CCGCCCGCAUUGUUUUCCUUACUCAUUAGUUUAAGGCAAUUUCUCUUGGAGGCCGAGGCCCACUACUUAUACCCUCCCCCGUUACCCUCCUCCUUACUCCUCCUCCGAUGUGGGACAAUAAUUUCAAUAUUUUUCUCUCAUUUUUAGUUCUUCCUCUCUUUAUCUAGAAAAAGUAGUAAUUUUUUUUUUAGUUCUGCUUCUUUCUUCUCUACUUUACUCUGUACUCGGGAUUUGGAGAGAGAAUAGAAAAAAAAUGACCGCCGCGCCGCCAGCUGCGAAUCCGUCUUGCCCGCUGUCCGCCGUGAAUCAGGCGCUCCUCUUGCUCCAGUCGGACGAGCUGAGUAUGAGGGUAGAGGCGGCGAAAGAAAUCCGGCGGCUGACCAAGACCUCGCCGAGGUACCGCCGACAGCUCUCCGCCGCCGUGGGCCCACUCGUGGGCAUGCUGCGGUGCUGCGACUCCGCCGACGCCAACGAGGCUGCCCUCGCCGCUUUGCUUAACCUCGCCGUCAAAGACGAAAGAAACAAGGUAAACAUAAUCGAAGCCGGUGCCCUGGAGCCCAUAAUCUCAUUCCUCCAAUCCGAAAACCCGAUUCUCCACGAAAACUCGGCCGCCGCUUUAGUCACCCUCUCCGCAUCCCCACGCAUGAAGCCCAUCAUCAUCUCAUCCGGCGCCAUCCCUCCCCUCAUCAACAUCCUCAAUCACGCGGGCCCACAGGCAAAGCUCGAUGCCCUCACAGCCCUCCACAACCUCUCGACCCACCGCGACGCCAUUAGCCCAAUCCUCGAGGCCCAACCCAUCCCACCUCUUGUCUCCAUACUGAAAUCCCACAGAAAGUGCUCUCGACUCUCGGAGAAGAGCGCCGCCCUUUUGGAGCUUCUGGCGGCGGCGGCCUCCGACGAGCUCGUGGCCGAGCGAGGCGGCGUGCUGGCGGUGGUGGAGGUGCUCGAGUGCGGCUCGAAACGGGCCCGGGCCCACGCGGUGGGCGCUCUGCUGGCGAUGUGCGAGGAAAAUAGGGAGAGGUAUCGUGAGGCUAUUCUGAAGGAAGGGGCGAUUCCGGGCCUGAUGGAGCUGACGGUGGAAGGAGGGCCCGAGGCCCGGGCCAAGGCCCGGGCGCUGUUGGGCCUGCUUAGGGAGGAUCCAGGCCCGAGGUCGGAAGGAGUGGGGCCCGAUGAGCUGGAGGAGAUAGUUCGUGGGAUUGUGUUGGGGAUCGAGGAGGAGGAGCAGUUGAGGAAAGCGAAACGGGUGCUGGCGGAGAUGGUCCAGGUCAGCAUGGAGAGGAGUUUGGAGCAUUUGCAGAAACGGGCGUCGAGAGGAAUGGAUGGGGUUCUUAAUUGGGUUUAUUCGACCCGUUUAAUUGAGCACUUGAAGGCCCGGGUUUACGUUUACUCGGUUCCCUUUCAUGAUUUAUUUUUGAGA